AUGUCGAUGACUUCAUUGAUAUUCUUAGAUGAGCCGAUACAUGAAGCAUUAAAAGAAUGGGUAAAAAGAGUGGAAAACUGUUUCGAGAGUGAUAGUGUGUCAACCUGCGAAUUUCUCGAUAUAUAUGAUGAAUUUAUACAGAUCGCAUCUCGAUUAACCACAGAUAUUAGUUGUCCUUCGUGCAUAUUUACGCGUGACUAUAAGGAUGACAACGCAGUAAGAGAAGAAAAAGUUCAGCGCACUAUUUGCAAAUUUUGGCCGAAUGGCGAAUCGUUCAAGAAAUUAUGCGUAAAAGGAAAGAAAUUAUACGUCAAAGGAAAACGACUCAAUGGAGGUUUGGCUCAUCGACCACCAUCAACGACACGUACACCGUGCGUUGGAGAACGGAAACUUGAUUUCGAUCGUGACAAGGCUGUUGAUGCGAUAAACACAUUCAGGAAGGAACUUGUAAAUGGAAAAUUUCGGACCAAAAACGCCAAAUUUCCAAAGGGUAGAGAAAUGUAUAAAAUGGUUGAUUUUAAAAUUAUCAAUUUAUAA